UAUAUAGUUGAAGGCGAGGCUGAUGCAACACUGAACGGAGAUAAAAGACGCAUCACGUCAGAAAGCUGUAAGAGCAGCUCGAAAAGCAGGGAGCCCCCAAACACGAAGAAAAAAAAAAGACUUCUUAGGCUGGUUUUUUUUCUUAUUGCCUUUUAACUGAUACCAGGAUGCCUGUCAUCAGAACACUCAGCAAAGUGGGCAAACAGGCCCUGCUCGGCCCCCCAGGCUGUGGCUGUCAGCCCUUAACUGUAGCCGUGCGCAACAUUAGUUUCUCCCCUCGUCAGGUUACAUCUGAUGCGAGCUUCCACUCUGUGUCCUUCUCAGAGACAGAUCAGCCCAAAGUGCUCAUCACAGGAGGCUUGGGGCAACUCGGAGUCGGGCUGGCCAAAAUGCUGAGGAAGAGAUAUGGAAAGGACAACGUCAUACUGUCUGACAUCAGGAAACCUCCAAACAGCGUUUUUCACAGUGGCCCCUUCAUCUACUCAGACAUCCUGGACUACAAAAAUCUGCGGGAAAUUGUGGUGAACAACCGGAUCACGUGGCUGGUUCACUACAGCGCGCUGCUCAGUGCUGUCGGAGAGGCCAACGUGGCCUUGGCACGCUCUGUUAACAUCACCGGGCUUCACAACAUCCUGGACAUCGCGGCAGAGCAUAGUUUGCGUCUGUUUGUCCCCAGCACCAUUGGCGCCUUCGGACCCAGCUCACCCCGCAACCCUACACCAGAUCUGUGUGUGCAGAGACCUCGCACCAUCUAUGGUGUUUCCAAAGUCCACGCUGAACUGAUGGGAGAGUACUACCACCAUCGUUACGGCCUGGACUUCCGCUGCCUUCGCUACCCAGGAAUCAUCUCCGCUGAUUCAAUGCCUGGAGGCGGCACAACAGACUACGCUGUUCAGAUUUUUCACGAUGCGAUGAAGACCGGCAAGUUUGAGUGCAACUUGAGACACGACACGCAGCUCCCCAUGAUGUACAUCGACGACUGCCUGCGUGCCACGCUGGAGGUGAUGGAGGCGCCAGCUGAGAUGCUCAGCAUGAGGACGUACAACAUCAACGCCAUGAGCUUCACACCUGAGGAACUGGCCCAGGAGCUCCAGAAGAUGAUGCCCGAGCUGGAGGUCACAUACGACGUGGACCCUGUGCGACAGGCGAUUGCUGAUAGUUGGCCAAUGAACUUUGAUGAUUCCAAUGCACGGAAGGACUGGGGCUGGAAACACGAUUACGACCUCCCAGAGCUGGUCCAGACGAUGAUCAACUACCUGGGCCUGGAAACACUCAUGGCUCGUGCCAACUGAGACGCUGCACCCCAGCAUCUUCUUUGUACAUAAUGUAAAGACUGACCAAAGAGAGCAGAGAAACUGUACAUAGUCGUUCUCUCAAUUCUCUGUAAAACCAGAAGGGCUCUGCUCGACCGCCGCUUCACCACCACAUCUCCAGAAUGUAAAAGUCGGUGGGGGCUAGACAGUCCUGCCUGUAAUCGUCGACCUACCCCCUGCUUCGCUCGCUUUUCUGCUUUUUCUGCUUGGGAUAUUUGGGGGAAGAGCAAUCUCUCAGUGGACAAGUGUAGCCAGUAUCAUGGGUGCAUUAGCAGGACCUUUAAAAACUUCUUAGGAUUAAAAAAAAAGAUGAGUUACUCUUAAGGGAUUGCACAAAAAUGUGCAGUAUUUUCUAACAAAAUCAGUUAAACAGAUGGGGAAUUUUGCAAUGGGCAUUUGUAUGCAUUUCUGUCAUGUUUUUUUAAGAAAUAGAUCAGGUCUUCGUUUUCUUAUAGAUUAACUUUGACUGUGAAAAUUAAGGUAUUUAGGCCCACAAAUGUUUGGGAUAAGAUCAAUAUAGAUCUACACGGAUGUACAAAGUGUGUUUGUUGAUGCACUUUAAUCGUGGAAAAAUGAGAAAAAGAGCCUGAUCGUUGUCAUGUGGAGGGAUUAUCUGUUACGUAAUUCUUUAGAAAUGUUCCUCUGUUUAUUCCACGUAACAUUAUUUAUUCUGUCACUGUUGUAUGUUUGGGAGCUUUAUCAUAUGAAAGCAUUUCAACUCUCGUUUCUUAGCGCUUCUGUUUUGUUAUUUAAAUAAUUUUUUUCACCGGCUCAUGUAUGAAUUUUUUUUUUUUUUUUUUUUUUUCUAAAGCAAAAAGGGAAAUUUGACACCACCAGCCACAUCUACACUCAGCCACGUCUGGUGGUGUCUGAAAGAGAAGUGAGAGGCGUCUGCUCUUUCGAUCAUAAACGAGCUUCGACAAUAAACUCUUUUUCUGACGUA